CAAAACAUCCCCGUCGUGGCGUAUCCUUGAUGCUUUUUUGCCGCAACGCCCGUUCUACUAUUUGGGGACAUUUUGUGGACAUUUCUCCUCAGAAACUGGGUAUCUUUUGAUAUCGGACUGAGAUCUUGGGACUUACUUUCUCUGCUUUCAUACAUGUCCACCUCCUUCCCGCCUUCCUGCUAACAAUUUGCUCUGCACCUGCCGCACCUCACACUCGCUUUUGUCCAAGUCGGCAGUGCCAGCAUCCAGUGUCGUUAACGUCUCCAUUUGAACACCAGUCGCUACCACCUGUCUCAAAACGUUGGUCAUCUACAUGACGUCCCCCGUUACUGCGUCUGUGUCGCAUUCCCUCCCCUAAUCCACGAUAACAUACGACAAGACGAUCUGGAACCACCAUCGUCCUCCACCUAUUCAACUCCAGUCGCUCGCUUUCGGCCCAUCUCUGCUCCUUCCACAUUUCCGUCAAAACGCGCUCAAUGACCCGAAGACUCACCAUCAGUGGCAGUCGCUCAGAAAUGGGCUUGCUUCAAGAUCCACCCGAGCCAGAGACUCCUCCUCCAGGUUGGACACCAGCGAAACACGACUUCUGGAAGAAACCUUCAAAAUGGCAGAUUUGCAUGCCUCGGCUACGUCUGAUUGUUAAAGUGUUGACCAGUAUCCUUGGGUUUGCGCUCCUCAUCAGGAUUAUGAGCCAACCGCCUCCUCCACCACCUAGUCCACCUCCCGAGCCUCCAAGACAAUUGUCAGAGCAAGAACUGAUGGACAAGAUGAUGGAGGAUUCUAAGAAGGAGUUGUGGCCGUGGAAAUCUUACGAAACACAUGACGGUUUGACACGGGGCACAUCACAUCUCCGGCUCUGUGAGUCGGGUGAGAUCGACUGCAAAAGCAAGGCACCUCAUAUGGUUCGCUACGAUGGCUACCAGAAUUUGGUCGAGCAAGCCGAGCACAUUGUUCCUUGUGUUGGUCCAAGAGGUGUCCCGAUUAAUGAGAGCCACGAAGACGCAAUCUGGGCGUAUCCUGGCAAAGCUAACGGCGCCGUGGACCCUACCCUUGGCUCGUACGAAGCAUCGGGAUUGGAUGGCAACAUCUCGUUUGACCGCAUUGGCCGUUUUCAAGCGUACGGACUCGAUCAAUUCGAAGCUAUUGAUCUCGAGGACAUGAAAAAGACUAGUGACGUGGAUUGGGACAAGGUGGAUUGGGGCGAGCUGCAAGAGGCAUGUACUGUCGCCAACAAGCAGAGAUUCAGACCAGUCAAAGAACGCCCACAGAACUCGAUUCAAUAUUCCAACAUUCGACACAAGCACGACCAACCUUCAGUGAAGGCACUCUCGGACACUCUAGAACCUGGAAUGGUCAACAAGGCCAAACGAACUGCUAUCCUUAUCCGUGUAUGGACUGGCGCUAAAUGGACGGCCGACGCAGUCAUGAACAUUCGUGCAAUGAUUGCGGAAGCUUCGUUGGCUAGUGGAGGCAAAUACCAAGUUUUCCUGCUGCUGCAUGUCAAGGACGAAAACGUACCACUCUUCGUGGGCGAGGACGAACCGCAAGCUACCAUCGCCAAGCACAUUCCUCCCGAGUUCCGAUCGCUGACCGAAGUCUGGAAUCAUGCUCAAAUCCGAAGUCUGUAUUCGAACCUGGCUGAACAUGCCUUCGUUGGCCGCAGUCCCUGGAUGAUCAUCCAGUGGUUCGCUCGCAAUCAUCCAGAAUUCGAUUUCUUCUACCAAUGGGAAUUUGAUGUUCGAUUCACAGGCCAUUAUCUCGAUUUCUUCGAAUCUGUUGAGAAGUUCGCCAGAAAUCAGCCACGAAAGGGGAUCUGGGAGCGUGCCGGCAGAGUCUACAUACCUGCCAUCCAUGGCGAUUUUGACACUAGUUUCCGCGAGCGCACCAAGUACGAAGAUCCUCAUCAUGUCUGGGGUCCUGUCUCUGUUGAAGGCGUCAAACCCCGAGGACCAAAGCCGCCCAGGAAAGAAGCCGAUGACAACUACGAAUGGGGGGUUGGAGAGGACGCCGACUGGGUCGGCUUUUUGCCCAGUUUCAAUGUCACUGGCACGAACUGGUGGUUCCGCAACUACCUCUGGGGUUAUGCUCAAGGCAAAUCCACCCCGAGAAGAGCCACUCUCAUCGCUCAAGGAAGGGUCAGUCGACGCGUGUUGGAGAUCAUGAACUACGAGAAUGCGGAAAAUGGUCAUCACAUUGACGCCGAGAUGUUUCCUCAGACCAUGUGUCUGCAUCACGGCCUGAAAUCGACCACCUUUCCACAUCCCAUCUUUGCGGAUCGUCACUGGCCAGCUGAGGCGUUGCAAUCAACCUUCAACGGAGGCCCAUUCGGACAAGCUGGGGGAUACUGGAACAGCUCCUUCAGCAAGUGGAAUGAGUAUGCCUGGACAAAUAUGACUUGGUAUUACAGUUCCGCACAAGCCAUGCCCAUCUUCCAGCGACUGCUCGGCAUCACCGCGCUGGAAAGUGGUGGCCAAGAGUGGGAAGAAGUAUAUGGCCGCACUGUUGUCCGUCCCAUGCUGCUUCACCCGGUCAAGGGUGGAAAGGCAUGGCAAUGGACCGAAAAUGGAUGGCUUCAGACUAAGAAUGGAAAGUGAUCCUGGAGAUGACCUCACAUAUUGACGAGACCUACGGCAUUUUCUCGCUCAUCUUCGCAUCAGCAGCGGCGUUUGGAGUUCAAAGAUUCUUUUUCGUCAGUCCGGCACUGGUUGCAUCGACAGAUUUGACGACUGGCGCUCUCAAUCCGGUAGGUUUGAUAGACAUGGGUUGAAGGAGUUUUGGGCACGGCGUAUCAUACACACUGCACGGUGUCUAUUUGCAUGAACAGUCAGGGGAUUCCCCCAUACCGAGAUGAGACACUGAUACGUACACGAGACACAGACACAGGACAUUAGGAACUGCACAGCUGGAUAUGAGCUACAGGCUAUGGAACAGCAUGAGCUAAGGCUCGCAUGUGAACUUUCAACAGAUAGAGCUAUUAAGUGGCCAAUACGCGGCUGCCAGUAAUCAUAAUGAUUAAAUGUUAGACACUGCAAUUCAAAGA